AUGCGUCUGGUGCUACCAAUUCUUCUCGUAUGCUACAUCGCCAUCGUCCAAGGAAUAAACGAGCAGAUGAUGAUAGCACCCAUCGAGGUCAUCGAGGAGUGGGGCUGCUAUGACACCGAAAUACGGCUAACGUGCGGAAAUCUCGAGUCGAAAAUAGCGAUCCUCGAGGCACGGUUUACGCCCCACUGCCAGGACCAGCGCAACUGCGUCUACAUGGACGAGAACAGUGUCGCCCAUCCGUUCGCGUCACAAAAGGUGGACAAGCUGAUACUGGAAGAAACGGAAGCGGGGCGGCGCUUUCUGGCCACGCUGCGGCGCAAUCACGAAAAGGAAAUGCUGGAAGGUGAAUCGCACCCGAGCUCGGCUCAGCCCGACGAUGGUUCAACCAUCGUGGUCGCCCGUUCCCUGGCGAAGGACAAACGAAGCUCGCUGCGGGCCACGCUAGAGCAUUUGAUCGUGCGCUAUCUGCGCCGGCUGACGGCGAGUGGAGAUGAGGACGAGAACGGGGAGGAGAACGGGGAAGCGGCCCGAUACCGCAGGCAGUCGCCCAUGGGCCACGAACGAACGACGACCGUCGGCAGCUUCCCGCCUCCGGAAGGUGACGAACCGGUCGGCGGGACCGUGGGAACGGGCGUCAUUUCCAACUCGAUGGAAAUCACGCUGCUCACCAACGAUACCGAUACGAACCUGACGGAUUCUUGGGAUGACUCCGAGCGGUUCCAGCAGCAGCAGCAGCAGCAGCAGCAGCAGUUAAAGGAUUCCGGCCACGGAUAUGGACUUCCCGGCUCGUCGGUUUCCGGCCAGUCCGCCGAGAAAGGUGUGGAGCGCGCUCACGAAAGUGGCGCCCGGCGGGACACGGCGUGGGAUCGAAGUGUGGGGGCGAGUGCCGGGGACGAGCGCGUUCCUCCAAAUGGAGCUUAUGGUGGUGGUGGGGUCGGUGGUAGUAGUGAGGGUUUGGAGAACACUGCAAGUGAGGGCCACCGGCAGCGGGAGCAGCAGCAGGGGUCCGAUGUGAGUGCUACCCAUGAUAAGCUUCGUGUUGGGGAUGGCGAUGGCAUGCCUUUGGGUGUAGGCAGUGAUACGGGGAUGGGAACGGGCGAGGGGCACGUGAAGGCGCCCGGAAGUGGCGGCGGUCUUCGCCGGCAGAAGCAGCGGGAAUGCGGCAACGUUCGGAAGCGCGUUUCGCAACUGGAUCGCUUCGAGCUGGAACGGUCGAUGCGGAAUGGUUCCUUCCGGGAGUACAACAUCCGGAAUGCGCUGAACUACCGCUGCUCCGGCAAGAACCACUGCAGCUUCGUGUUCUCCCAUGAUCACCCGUUCGCCGUCGUCUGGAAGGAGGGCACCGUGCGCAUCAAAUACAUCUGCAUGGAGGAAUUCCGCAUCAGCAAGUACUGCGGUGGGCACCUGAUAGUGGGCAACGAGGUCCACUGGGAGUCACUGGACGGUGACGACGAGGAGGACGAGGACGCCGUCGGUGACGUUUACCACCCACAAGCCACCACUAACCAUGCCGGAAGUCCUGCACCGAGCUGGCAGCAGCCGAACGGGGAGCCAAUGCUCGAUGGAGCCGCUAAUGGAUUCGCUAAUGAUGCUCGAUGGCAUGGCACCAGGGAGGAUGGCACAGUUGCGGAAGAUUUACGGGUUGCAUCGGACUUCGAGAAUGACUACGGUGGUAGCAGCCCCUACGCACGGAUGGUUCGAGCCGGGGAGCCCCGCGCCGAAGCGCUCCAGGCGGCCACGGUGCACUCGUUUCACAAUUUGAAGAUAUUUAAGCCCAUCGACGAGUCGGAGCUCCAACAGCAGCAGCAUCUGCAGCACCAGCUACAGCAAAAGCAGCACGAACACCAACAGCAGAAUGAUACGGACGAGCGCAAUCCCGAAACGGAAGCUACACGCAGCCGGAGUCGGCAGAGGCAGAAAGUUUUCUCGCAGGACUUUCGUGUGCUGAAAAUUUUGCCAAGCAAUUUGGACGUCGUGGAGGACAUAAAGCAGAUUGGCAACGAGUACUACUUCAAGAAGGACGUCGAGAUCGUGGUGGACGACAGCGAGAAUGAAAUCAUCGACGGAAGGGAAGAGCAACCGGUGGUGGUGGUGGACACCGCCGGGCAGCAGCAGCAGCGAGGGGUGGACGACUUCACCACGAGCGACGGCAGUGAACAAACCGAAACGCUGGACAUCGUGGUCCUACCGGCGCCAACGAAGGACGUGGAAAUUUACGACACCGAACUGCUACCAACGGAAGCGACCACUCGCGAAUCGGAUGGCGAUAUCAGUGUCAUCGGGUUGAUAACAUCAACCCGCAUGGGAACCACAAGUGCGGCUACGCCGGUUGUGGAACCGUCGGGUUCGCCAGCCCUUUCUGUCGUGGAAACGACCCUAGGACACUGGGACGAAACUGGAUUAGAUCUUCCGGAACAUGAGGGAGCGGAUAAUCGGACCAAAGACACUGGUGUCUAUUCGGAAAGCGACAGUACGCCGUUCAGUUUUAACAACCGAACGUUUCAGACCAUUCAAGACACUGUCCGGCGGCAGGAACUCGACGAAAGCCAGGGUCCCUAUCCACCGGUCGGUGGUUACGAUGAAGAUGAAGGCGACGACGAAGACGAUUUAGACGAUAUCGAUGAUAAGGAUAGCAACGUAGGGCGUACCGACCACGAUUCGGAUGGUUCGUCCGAAAGGCCGCACAGAAAGUAUCUCAGCGUGCAACGGACUCAGUUGAACCAUCCUCUGCAUCAAGGAUUCCUUAUGACCCCCAGCUAUCCGAAGUACUAUAUUGGUGAAAGUGUUUGUCGGUGGACAUUGCAUGCCGGACUGCAUCAGCGUAUAAAGUUGACCGUGCUGGAUUUGGCACUGCGAUUUGACGAAGAAUGCCGGGAUUAUCUGCAAGUAGUCGAUUUGAACACGAAUCGAACGCUCUUCCACAGCUGUUCGGAAAGUAACCGGUUGAUCGAGAUCGUUAGCAUACAGGAGAGGCUUGAGGUUUCCAUACACACAACAACCAAAGUCAUCUAUCCCAAGCGGGGCGUGCUAAUACAUUACACAGCGCUAGGAUGCGAAGUACCCUCGCCGACGCCGGGACACAUGCAGCUGGUCCGGCGGACCGAGCGUCGAGCGAAAUUCGUCUGUGAUCCGCUGUACGUUUUCCCCGACACGGGCGAAAGCAGUCGCGAGCUGAUCUGCACAGCGAAACACACGUGGAACCGUCCACUGCCGGCCUGCAUCGAAAAACGAGCUACUGAAGGAAGCGGUCUAGUGUCCCAUUACGAGCAGACGCGCAGGUUUGGUGAUAUUGACAGCAUGUCGGAUAAGCAGGCGGACACCGUUUACGAUAUUCUCAUCCCAUCGUUCAUCAUCGCUGGCCUAUUUAUUGUUAAUGGCAUCGUGUUUGCGGUCAUCAUGCGCUACCGCAACAAGCGAAAGCAACGCCUUGAUCUAGAGAGUAAGGAACUAGCGGAGCUGUAGAAACCUUAUCGUUGUCCAUCCACUCACACACCAACCUAAACGGCAUCAUUGUUCCGCAAUCCAACAUACACAAAUCUGAGCCAUGAUCAACAGCAAAAUAGACAUAUACUCUCGGUUGGAUUGGGUUGCUUUCGGCGAGUUUCGAACAAUUAAUGAAGGAGAGCGCAAUGCAAGCACAAAAUUGAAACGAAACACAAAAUUGGAAAACAAAAUCUGCCAUCGAUCGAUCACUAAAAUCCUUUGCAUCCUCUUUACCGUCGUGUAACACUUCCGACUUAUGUUAACACGGGUACACCCUCGGUUGGCAUGGGCUUUUGGCGAGUUUGGAAUAAUGAAAAGAAGGAGUGCAAGUGAAAUUGAAAUGAAAAACAAAAUUGCAAAAAAAAUCUUUCAUUGCCCGAUCACUAAAACCCUUCGUAUCAUAUUUACCGUCGUGUAACACUUCCGAUUCCGUGCCAUUCGCGGGUACUUCGUCGAUUGGGAGAGAAUAUCGUGGUAUAGCAUUGAAGUGAAUGUUUCUUUGCGCCCUGCACACCUGAACAGAUUGUCACCAGUGAGGAAAAACAUUGUAUCGAGAGAUUCUUUUGAUGGCGAUGACGCACCAACGGAUCGCAUACGGGCUGCUGGAAACCGUAGGGCGCGUAUCAACUUCCCGACUGACGCAAACAGUACCACUUUCAAAUGCUUAAACCGAUAGUAACGAGAUGCAACGAGACGACUCUUUUCCGCGAGGGAAACAAAAAAAACCAACACAAUUGCACCAAAAUCCAACUUUAAAAUGCACGCUUUAUGAAAUUGGCACGGAAGAGUCCAAUAAAUUGUGGUUUUUGGUAGUAAAAUGCGAUGUUUGAUGGAAGAUGCUCUGAUAAUGUGGUGCGUUUCGUAGCGCAAGGAUGUUAUAUAGCGAGCGAUAUGGGUGAAAAACUGUACAAAAAUUGCAUGUAGAUCGGUGCUACACAAGGAGCACAAGAUAUCAGAAAGACUGUAGAGCGAACGGACAACGUCAGAUGUAAAAAGAAUGUCCCUAUGGAAUGAGAAGAUACACGUUAGCUUAGAAGCAGCAGGAAGACGCAUAGAAAAAAAAACUCCCGCCGGAACGCUCUUGUAACAGCACCACAAACAGUUUACUAUUACCGAAUCACAAACAUGAUUAGAGAAAGUUAGCCGGCGGCCACCGUUAAGGGAACCAGAUCAAUUAGAAUUCAGAGCCAACGGACAUAUGAGAAAUAUAUGUAUAAUUCGAAAUCUUGUUUUGUCUCUGGACCGUGGUACCUAUGGAAUCGGGAAAUGGAGAUGAGCUUUUGCUUGAAACGACAGGAAAUAAGAAACGCUAUGCAGUACUGAGAUAUUUUAAAACUGCUUGGAAAAAUGAAAACAACUCCAUGAAAUUCGUGUUGACUAGACACGUACUUUUCAAGACAGUUUUUCAAUGUUAAUCACACACGGCGAAGGUGAAGAAGAACCAGAUGAAGGUAAAUUCCCUUCAAUUAUUAAUACAGUUUACAAAUCAAAUUUAGCACUGAACCACCGUGCAGAACGCAACCAUCCCAAGACGGGAUAGACAAUUGCUAUGCCAAAGAUUAGAAUAACAGUUGCGCAGAAACAGUGAAAACCAUUCCUGGCAGGGAAAGUACAGCAAGCUCUCAUAGUGCUCCUGAGUUGGCCAAGUUUGUGCAUUGUAGAUUUCAUAGAACUUGCCAUUUGGGACGAUUUAUUGAAUGAUCUCUGGAGUAUCAACAUUCGCCGCCGUAGACCAUGCAUUUGGACAAGAUGGACCAAAUUAGGCAGUGCACAUUACGUUUCGAGUAUGUACAUACCGAUUUUUCGUUGUUUCCGUUCAGCUCAGUUACAGGAGAGUUGUAUUUUUAACGUUCAUCUCUCUCGUUUCCCCUCAUCCGGACACACACCGGAAGCUCGCGGCCCAAAUCCAAUGCAUAUCAUACAAGAUUCUUCUGCUUUUUGCUGCACGAUGUGAUAAGUGGUGAAGACGGGACAUAGACA